AUGACAGUGUGGCCCCCAUCGGAAUAUUGCGUGAGUCUGCGGCUUUCUGUACUGACAGAUAUCCACCCCCCUGAUGCCGUCGGCGGCCCUGUCGGCGGCUGUUUUCCCGUGUAUCCGUGCAGACAGGCCAUCGCUCUGGGCACAGAUCCGAACUCUACGCAGUACAUGGAAUUCACCGGCCGCGAUCGGAGCCAGCCUCUGGUAGACGCGGCUUUCCUGGCUCAGGGGCUGUUACGGGCGCCCACGGAGCUCUGGGAUCGUUUGGAUGAUCGUACAAAGGCCAACGUGGUUUCGGCGCUACGACUGACGCGGGGGAUUCCGCCCCAUCGUAACAAUUGGAUGCUGUUUGCCUCGAUCAUUGAGGCUUUUUUCCUUAAGAUUGGCGAGCACGUGAACGUGGAGCGAUUACUGAGCGGCCUUGAAAUGCACAGGGCGUGGUACCUGGGAGAAGGCUGGUGGGGCGAUGGGAAGUUGUUCGCCUGGAACUAUUACAACUCGUACGUCAUCCAGCCCAUGUUGUACGACAUCUUCGCGGCGCUGCGCGCCACACGUAAGCCCCAUUCGGAGCUCUUCCCCGGUUACAACGUGAGCUACCUUGAGGAGCUGGAAAAAUUGGUCAAUUAUUCUGUCCCUCACAGUGCGGCGGUUUUGGAGCAGAUGAUUGCACCGGACGGUUCGUAUCCUCCCAUUGGCAGGUCCAUUGUUUACCGCGGUGCCGCUUUCCAAAUAAUGGCGCUAGCAGCGCUAAAAAACAAACUUCCAAAAACGUUAGCUCCAGCACGAGCUCGUGUUGCGUUGACCAGAGUCAUUAAUAGAACUUUAGACGAGCGCUCGUUUGACUCAGACGGGUGGCUUCAGAUAGGAUUAGUAGGGAAGCAGAAAUGGCUGGCGCAAGUGUACAUCAGUACGGGAAGCCUGUACCUCGCGAGUACGAUCUUUUUGCCGCUGGGUCUGCCGGCGAAGGCAGGGUUUUGGGCACAGACGCCCAAAUCCACCACCUGGGAGCAGGUCUGGGUACCGAAGAUCUACCCUGGAUCCGAAUUUGGAUCCGAAUUUGGAUCCGAAUUCGGAACCAGCUUGGGGUCUAGUGCUGAGCUGGAGCCUAAUAAACCCAGCCCUCUACCUUAUAACGCCAGUAAGCCCGAAUUUAAGUCGUUGUCGGAUCCGAACCCCAACCCUGGAGCAGAUUCCAGUUCCAAAUCCUGA